GGAAGCCCACACAUCUUCCAUCUCAAAGAUGCUGCUGCCGCCGCUUUUUCUGCCCCUGCUGUGGGCAGGGUCCCUGGCUAAGCGUUCAAUGUUCCGGCUGCAAGUGCAGGAGACCGUGAAGGUGCAGGAGGGCCUGUGUGUGCAUGUGCCCUGCAAAUUCUCCCACCCCCGACGAGAAUACACUGACGAUGACCCAGCUUAUGGCUACUGGUUCCAGGAAGGAAGUGAUCACAGCCAGGAUGUUCUAGUGGCCACAAACAACCCCGAUCGAGAUGUGCAGGAGGAGACCCAGGGCCGAUUCCACCUCCUCGGGGACCCCCGGGACAACAACUGCUCCCUGGACAUCAGAGAUGCACAGAGAAGGGACUCGAGGACAUACUUCUUUAGGGUGGAGAGAGGGUCUUAUGUGAAAUAUAAUUACCUACAGAACCAGCUCUCCGUGCGUGUGACCGCUCUAACACAGAUACCUGACAUCCACAUCCAGGGGCUCCAAGACUCCCCACUCCUCCGUGCUCACUCUCACCCCGAGGCCCCAGGACCACGGCACCAACCUUACUUGUCGAGUGGCCUUCCCCGGAGCUGGUGUGAACACGGAGAGGACCAUCCAGCUCAACGUAUCCUAUGCUCCACAGAACCUGACCAUCUGCAUCUUCAGAGGAAAUAGCACAGCUAUCUCCUGUUCCUGCCCCCAAGUCUCCGGGGAGCAGUGGAGCCCCUGGCCUCUAAUCCUCACCCUACUGAGAGGGACCCUCAGGCGAGCUGGCUUCCUUUUCACCUAUGGCCUCACCAGGAUCUACUGCACCAGGUUCAGAGGCUCCAAAGAGGAUAAGGCUGCAAAUUGUAACUGAGCCCUCUUCCUCAUGGUGGUGCCACUGUCCGGUGGAUGAGGAUCUGUCAAACCACUGUAUCCUGAGACUCACCCCUGUACAACUCUGUGGAGCAAGGAGGUACUGGAGGACUGGACCCUGCCUCCUCUCCAGAAAUAACGUCUCUCUACCUCUGGUCGUUAAGACUCUUCCUGCUGGUUCUGAAUCUGUGGUGGGGAGGGCGAGUGAGGACAUAGAUAGAUUUUUGUUAUUAUUAAUUUGAAUUAUGCAUACCCCAUGUAAUAUAUUGCUUCUGUGUGUUUAUCUUGGAUAAGCCCCAAAUUCAACCCCAUAAUAUAUUGUUAUAAAUCUCAUACUAUUUUUCAAACAGAA